AUUCGUGUGUCUAUCCCAGUUACGAUUAUACAACGGAUCCCGAUUAUCACCGUAAUAGGUCCCCCCGAAGGCAGAGGUUUCAUUACUUACCGUGGUCGACGACUGUGCGAUUCGAUUCCAGUAGUAGAUGGACAAGAUUUGUCCUCAACGUCGCGUUCCGGUGGGUUGGGUGGGAUGACGGUGUGAUGCAUACGCACACACACCCACCACCAACCACCAUUAGCCGGCCACUAAACAAUUGACCGAGGUGACAGAGCACAUUUUUGCACUAGAACCUGCCCGUUCGAUAAGCGUGGCGUGUGUUUAUCGCGAUUUUCUGCCACUACCAAAUCGGUGCAAUCUUCGCGCACGCUCCUCACUCGCUGACGAUCAGUCGUAGUGAGCGGAGCUACUUGGAUUCCACAGUGCUUUUUUUGUUUGAAAUCGCUGCGCGCUAGUGCUACUACGAUUCAACACUUUAGUGACAGCUUGAAUUCUGCAGUUGUGCUCAUUUGUCAACCACUUCCAGUCUCCAGUUACCGAAAGUGUUUUCGAGUGAUUUUUGCACAGUGUUGUGAAAUUAGCUGCAAAUUAUCUUUCUGUGCCCAAAAACCGUCCCCAUCAUCAUGGAGGUGAUUUUCUCUAUCAAUGCGAAACCUUAUCAAAUCAACUCGACGAGUGUGCCGGUUGAUACGUCCUUGAACACUUUCAUCCGCAACCAUGCCCAUCUCAGUGGCACCAAGUUCAUGUGCCUUGAGGGAGGCUGCGGUGCUUGCGUCGUCAAUCUGAGCGGAGCACAUCCGGUCACCGGAGAUGUCUUCUCCUAUGCUGUCAACUCGUGCUUGUUUCCUGUUCUCGCCUGCCAUGGCAUGGACAUUACCACCGUCGAGGGUAUUGGUGACAAGCAGCGGGGCUACCAUGCCACCCAAAAGCUGCUGGCCCACUUCAACGGUACCCAGUGUGGCUACUGCUCCCCUGGCAUGGUCAUGAACAUGUACAGUCUGCUGGAAGCGAAGAAGGGAAAGGUCACCAUGGAGGAGAUCGAGAACUCUUUCGGUGGUAACAUCUGCCGCUGUACCGGCUACCGACCGAUUCUGGACGCCUUCAAGGCACUGGCCGUCGAUGCUGAUCCCAAGCUCAAGGCAAAGUGCCAGGAUAUUGAGGAUCUUACCAAGAUCUGUCCCAAGACCGGAUCGGCCUGUGCUGGCAAGUGUGCCGCGGCAGGAAAAACUAACCCCAACAAAGGCCUCCAUCUGAGCUUCGAGGAGCAAAAGGAGUGGCACAAGGUGUACAACGUGAGCGACAUCUUUGCCAUCUUCGAAAGCAUUGGAGAUAAGCCGUACACGCUCAUUGGAGGUAACACUGCCCACGGUGUGUACCGUCGAAGCGACGGAAUUCAAGUCUUCAUCGAUAUCAACGCUGUCCAAGAGCUGCGGACCAGUUCCGUUGGAAGCUCUCUUACUAUUGGAGCUGGAACUUCGCUGACUGAGCUGAUGGACUUGUUGACCAACACGGCAAAGCAAAACAAUAACUUUUCCUACUUCGAGCACAUGGUUCGUCACAUCGAUUUGAUUGCCAACGUGCCUGUUCGUAAUACUGGAACCAUCGCUGGUAACCUCAGCAUCAAGAACCAACACAACGAGUUCCCCUCCGACCUCUACUUGAUCUUGGAGGCUGCCAACGCGACACUGACCAUCUUGGAGUCCCAAGGCAAGACAUCUACCGUCCGACCGUCCCAGUAUGUCACCAUGAAUAUGAACAAAAAGCUGCUCCUCAAUGUUAUCCUUCCUCCGCUCUACCCAUCCGUCUACGUUUAUCGCACAUUCAAGAUCAUGCCCCGUGCUCAGAACGCUCACGCAUACGUCAACGGAGCCUUCCUGUUAAAGCUGGAGGGUUCUGAGAUCAUCUCCAGCAACAUUUGCUUCGGUGGAAUUGAUCCUCAGUUUACCCAUGCACUCAAGACGGAAGAGUUCCUCAAGGGCAAGAACCUUCUUACCAAUGAAACGAUCCAAGGUGCUCUCAAGACUCUGGCCGCUGAGCUGAAUCCCGACUGGGUGCUUCCGGAUGCUGCUCCUGAGUAUCGUAAAAAUCUUGCCCUAUCAUUGUUCUACAAAUUUGCCCUUAACAUUGCUCCGGAGCUGAAUGCAUCCGUUAAAAAUGAGUACAAGUCCGGUGGAUCCGUUCUCGAUCGACCACUUUCGUCUGGCACGCAAUCGUUCGACACGAUUAAGGAGAACUGGCCGCUCACUAAGAACAUCCCGAAAAUUGAAGGGCUGUUGCAAACUUCCGGCGAAGCAAAGUACGCCAACGAUUUGCCCGUCUUUCCGAACGAGCUGUAUGCGGCCUUCGUCCUAGGAACGGAGUCACAAACGACGAUUGUCAACAUUGAUGCUUCGGAAGCGCUGAAACUACCGGGCGUUGUUGCCUUCUACUCGGCAAAGGACAUCCCUGGGGCCAACAAUUUCAUGUACUUCAAAGGAUUCAUGGGACCUCACGAUGAGGAAAUUUUCUGCAGCGAGAAAAUCAUCUACCACGGCCAACCGGUUGGUCUGAUUGUCGCUGAAACGUUCAGUCUGGCUAACCGGGCCACCAAACUGGUGAAGGUACAGUACGGAACAACGGCGUCUGUACGUUACCCGACCGUAAAGGAUGUGCUGCGCGCUAAGGCCACUGAACGGUUGCACGAUAUGCCGUACAGUACGCUGGGCGAAGAGUUUGAAGCUGCACCCGAAGGUGCGAUCAAGGUGAAGGGAACCUUUGAAAUUGGUGGCCAGUACCAUUACACGAUGGAGACGCAGACCUGCGUCUGCAUCCCGAUCGAGGACGGUAUGGACGUGUACUCCGCAACGCAGUGGAUCGAUUUCACGCAAAUUGCCAUCUCCAAGAUGCUACAGGUGCCGGAGAACAGCCUCAACCUGUACGUCCGUCGCUUGGGCGGUGGUUACGGAAGCAAGGGUACAAGGGCCACCCUGAUUGCAUGUGCGGCGGCCCUCGCUGCCCACAAAACCCGCCGGCCGGUGCGUCUGGUGAUGACGCUCGAGGCUAACAUGGAAGCCAUCGGUAAGCGGUACGGUGUCGUCUCCAACUACGAGGUGGACGUGCAAAAGGAUGGAAGGAUUACCAAGCUGCACAACGAGUACGUGCAUGACUUUGGAUCCUGUCUGAACGAGUCGAUGGGCCACUGUGCCGAGUUUUUCCGAAACUGUUACGACAACAAGGCGUGGAAGACGGUCGCCAAGGGUGCCGUUACGGAUUCUGCUAGUAACACCUGGUGCCGUGCACCAGGUACGACCGAGGGCAUUGCCAUGGUGGAAACCAUCAUGGAGCACGUCGCACACGCGACCGGGCUGGAUCCGCUCGACGUACGCAUGGCGAACAUGCCGAAGGAUUUGAAAAUGUACGAGCUGAUGCCGGAGUUCCGUACCGACGUCAAGUACGAUCUGCGCAAGAAGCAGAUCGACCAGUUUAAUCGUGAGAACCGCUGGAGAAAGCGUGGCAUUGCCAUCACGCCGAUGCGCUACCCGCUCGGGUAUUUCGGUUCGAUUCAUGCGCUGGUGUCGAUCUACCAUACGGACGGCACGGUCGCCAUCACGCACGGUGGCAUUGAGAUGGGCCAGGGCAUGAACACGAAGGUCGCCCAGGUCGCGGCCUAUGUGCUGGGCAUUCCGAUGGAAAAGAUUAGCAUCAAACCGUCGGCCAACAUGACGUCACCGAACGCUAUCUGUACCGGUGGAAGCAUGACCAGCGAGACCGUGUGCUUCGCGGUAAAGAAGGCAUGCGAGAUUCUGCUUGAGCGCAUGAAACCGAUCCGGGAGGAGCUGAAGGACGCACCCUGGGAAACGGUCGUGGAAACGAGCCACUUCAAGAACGUGGACCUGUGUGCGACCUACAUGUACAAGGCGGAAGAUCUGCAGGCCUACAUCAUCUGGGGUUUGACCUGCAGCGAGGUGGAGAUCGACGUGCUGACCGGCAACGUACAGCUUCGUCGGGUUGACAUUUUGGAGGAUACGGGUGAAAGCUUGAGCCCCGGUAUCGAUGUCGGUCAGGUGGAGGGUGCGUUCAUUAUGGGCGUUGGCUACUACUUGACCGAAGCGUUGGUCUACGAUCCGCAGACGGGUGCACUGCUGACGAACCGCACCUGGACGUACAAGCCGCCGGGCGCGAAGGACAUUCCGGUCGACUUCCGCGUGCGCUUCCUGCAGAAGAGCUCCAACGCGACCGGUGUGCUCCGAUCGAAGGCAACCGGUGAACCGGCCAUGAAUAUGACCGUGUCCGUACUGUGCGCUUUGCGCAAUGCAGUACUCGCCGCACGUAUCGAUGCGGGGCUACCGAACGAUUGGGUUCAGCUCGGUGCGCCAUCCACGCCCGAUCAGGUGUAUCUGAUGGCGGGUAACUCGGCGGAGCAGUAUCUGCUGAACUAAUGCAUUUUGCGUGGUCCCAUACCAUUUGCUUUAUUAAUUGGUGUUUUAUUUGGUUGAAAUGCAAUGUUUGCAUCACCUGUAUUGUAGCAUGGAAUCAAUAAACUAUAAAGAAUAUAGAAAAAGAGAUGAAGAAAUUACAA